AUGUUCCUCGUCUAUCGCCUGGCGGAUCCGGGCACGGUACAACUCGUCAAGUCGUCGAGCACGAUUAUCACGGCUUCCACCUGCUUCCUCUUCCUCGGACGGUCGCUGCGUGAGAUGCAGUGGUAUGCACUCGUCCUGCAGACCUUCGGACUCCUCGUCACGCAGACGAUUGGCUCUGCAGCCGUCCAGCCGGCCUCGACUUACGCACUCCUUGUCGGUGUCACGACCAUCUCGGCGACGGCGGGCGUUGCGAACGACUUUCUCUGCAAGCACUUUGACACCUCGCUCCAUGCCGAGAACAUGGUCCUCUACACCUUCGGCGUCGGCUUGAAUUUCCUCAUCUACAUCAUCCGCAAAUUCAGCAUCCCGGGCGAACCCAGCUUCUUCACGGGCUACGGCAAGCUCGAGGCGAUCCUCCUCAUCUUCCUGAACGCGACAGUCGGUGUUGUGAUCACGUUCGUCUACAAGUACGCCGACGCGAUUGUCAAAGGCAUCGCGACCUCAACAACGACUGCCAUCCUGAUCUGCGUCUCGGUCCUCUUCUUCGGCAUGCCAUGGUCGCCCUCGGCUGUUGUCGGCUGCCUCUCGAUCUUUCUCGCCUCGUGGGCGUACAUUCGGGCGGGAAUGAAACCUGCGAGCGAUGCGAAGAAGGCGCCGCCUCCGAAGCGCAUCAAAGCCGGCAUCGCCGUCUGGCUGCUCCUGCUCGUCGUCGUCGCCAUCAUUCUUGCCUCGAGCGGAAUUGACUCGCCGGAACCUGAGCCUGCCUGGCAUCCAUCCGUCUGCGAGCGCAAACCGCUGCCGACGAAGCGAUACUAUCCGGCCAAGCCUGGUGGAGCGUUCGAGGACGUCCUUGUCGUGGUGUUCUGGAACCAGAACGUCUACGACCACAAUCGGGACGCGUUUGAAGCGGUGUAUGGCGAGUUCUUCCCGAACAUGAUCUUCGUCGGACCCGUCCCACGCGAUUACACCAGCCAAACGGCAGACCACAUGCUCGACAUCUGGCCCAUCUCGUCGACCACCUACUACACGCACCGCAAGCUCCACGCCGUCAUGACCGAGUUCCCCUGCUACCGCGGCUACCUCUGGGCCGGCUUCGACACUUUUCUCAACCCUCAUCGGCUCGCCCUCUUCGACCAGGACAGGUUGUGGAACACCUUGCCCGAGGCGGAGCCGGUCCUACCCGAGACCUACGACAACGAGGGAAAGGUGUGGAAUACGGUCACGAGGUUCGGACCGCCGUUCCCGCUCGAUGAGGCGCACCGAGACGAUUGGCAUUGGCCCUGGGCCUUCAAGCCUUGCCUCGACGCCGUCAACGCCUCUGCGACGAACGUCAAGGAACGUUGGCAGCGGUACCACGAGAAGCACUUCCCCGGCGCUCCUCGCCUCCUCCGCGCCAUGACGGACGUCACCUACAUCCCGCACACAAAGCGCGACCUCGUUCUCGAAGCGACACCGCUCUUCGUCGACUGCUUCCUCGAGAUUGGCUUGCCCACCUUUACGGCGAUUGCGCUCGACGAGGGCGAGACGCCAGAGCGUCUCGAGUUUCACAACGUCUUGUACAAUCGCGCCGUGAACGAGACGCUGAUCCAGCAGGUCUGGGACAAGGGAGGCGAGAUAGACGCCAUGCACCAGUUCAACUGGCGCGAACCAGGUCCAUCAGGCGAGCGCGGGCCGUGGCACUUGCGAGAAGGGAUCGUCGACAAGAUGCGGCAGAUAUUGCGCGAGGAGGGAGAGCGCUGGGGGGUGGAGUCGCGUCGGCGGCGGUAG